AUCUGUUGCUAAAUCAGACAUGGAAACGUCGAGUUGGCUGAAGUGCUAAUCAGACAAAGAACAGAACAGCGGGGAUCUGGGUAACUGUAGCGUCGGCUCCAAGGAACGAUCACCCACAAUCCGACAGCCCCGGCCAGUUAGUUCACUAGCAGUCGCCCGAAGUCCACAGCUGCCUCUCACUAGCACUGUGCCCAUUGGACGACGACGCAAGUUGUGCUACACUGAGCAGCUGCUGGCCGUGUUUUCGUGCCGUGCUACAAGCCAUCACUCCAGAUUACCUCCGGCGAUAUAUCGUACACCUCCUGCCCUGUGUUUGUAAACGUCCAAAGCAAACACAGGUCCUGUGCAACACACACUGACAACCCGGCAGUAUGGACACCCUUUCAGUCUAGCUAGACCUACUCUAGUCUCAUCUAGCCAGUUGCAGAGAGCGUUUGUGUGUUAUAGUGCUGGUUAAGUAGAGCCAAUAGGAGUAUAGAGAGCUGUCUGUAGUCAUGGCUUCAGGAGUGAGUGGUCGACAGAGUGCCUCUCCUUCCAAUGGUGAUGAAGUAUACCAGAGCCCAGGAGCCAGUCAGGAGGACACUGUUGACCAUCUCCUGGCCCACUAUGGCGGUAUGGCCGACAGGAGGCCGGGGGAAGGAGAGAGGGAAGGGGGAGGAGUCGACAUUAUUGACGGUGGGGUGGUGGGAGGAGAGAAAUACACUGCUCACAGAAAUCGCUCUGCUGUUGUGUUGGAGAGACCCGCAGUUGGUGGGGAGAUUGUUUCGUCGCCGUCAGGGGCACACCCCCCGAGGCACUUCCUCACCCCCUCCCCUCGUCAUGCAGUCUCUGCCCCCACGUCCCAUCAGACGACCCCGGCCCGCGAGGAGGACCCUGUUCGUCGAGGGCGCAGCGGUCACCCCGGAGACACGCGCUCCUUCAGUUGGGACAACGUGGCAAUAGGAGCUUCUUCAGGAACUCAAGGUUCAGGGGUCAACUACCCCACCACGGCAGCAGAGAUCAUCGAACUCCUACAGAAGAGAUAUGUUUCCUGUCGGGUGGCCGGGCCAGGGAAGGCCAGAGUCUCAUCACCUUCCCAGCCAAAGACAAGAACUUUGAGUACGACAGAGACGAGCUGCGUAGGGUUAUCCAGUACCUCGCCAGCAUUCCCAUGGAGGAUGUGAGGGAGUAUGGGUUCAGUGUGAUAGUGGAUGCUCGACACUCCAGCUGGCACAGUACUAAAAUGGUUCUCCACAGUCUCCAAGAGGUCCUCCCUGGACAGGUGCAUGUGGCGUACAUCAUUCAGUCGAGCCACUUCUGGCAGAAGCAGGCCACCACUCGAGGACACAAUAAGGAGAAGAAAAAGAACAGACUCGAAUUCUCGACCAUAAUGCUGUCAGAAGUGGACAAACUGAAACGCCACAUUGACCCCAGUCAGGUGACCUUUGACCUCGGUGGUUAUCUCCCCUAUAGUCAUGACGACUGGAUAAAGCUGAGAUAUGAUCUGGAGAGGUUCAUAGCGUCAUUCAAUGCCCUGAUGGAGCACACGUCUCACGUGGAGCAGCAGCUGCACAUGCAGGGGGCGGAGGGGGAGGGAGGAGACGUGGAGACGGCCGAAGAUGCCCUCACUCGCCACAUACAGAUUCACGACCAACUGAGGAAGGCCCCUCAGAGUACCAUCAGGGAGGGCAACGAACUCCUUCGCAGACUUGAACAGGGGAGGGACGAGGGGGGUACGUCGGCCAUGACACCAGACAAGAUCAACGCAGUCACCGUGAUCCGGCGACUCCUGGAGAGUGUCAACAGGAGACAGACCCAGAUGGACGACAUGUGGAGGGAGAGACGAGCCGUCCUCGAGCAGACCCUGGAACUGAGGGUGUUUGAGAAGGCUCUGCAGAAGGUACGAGGAUGGCUAAAGGCCAGGGGAGAGGAAACUCUGAGCUCUCGUAACGACAUUGGAGAGGAUUUGGACUCGACUCAGUUGAUUCAAGAACAACACAACAAGUUUGAGGCCAAGGCAAAGUCAAUGUAUAACAACCUGACUCAGCUGCGGAGGAUGGCCGACAGGUUUGCUGGGAAGAGCCAUUUCGCAGCGGACACUCUCCAACGACAGGUCGCCAAGCUGAGUACAAAGUUCAGUCGGUUCGAGAACCAUCUUGGCGAGCGGCGCAGGAUCGUGGUGGGGUCCCUGAGGUUUCACACCAGCUACAAAGAG